AUGGCUAUCGCGCUGAUGUCAGAAAAGGCUUCGCCUUAUCGCCGACCAGCUAUUAUCGCUGUGGGCGUACUUGUCUUUUUUAUUCUCUUCGAGACUUUUUACUUAUACUCUGAUGCAUGGAAUUCUACACAACCAUAUGGGUUGUCACCCUCCGAAAUAGAAUCGACCGGGGCAGCAUCAUCAACGCAUGCGCCCAAGAAGCAAAAGAAGCCCAAAGUGAAGAAACCCGAGAUCAAGACAUCACAGCUUCACUUCCUGCUCCCCGCCUCAAACCCAAAUGAUAUGUUCUGCGCCAUCGUCGCAUCCGCCCUCGCAAACCGUUAUCCCGCCCCCAUCAUGGUUGGCUGGAAGGGCGAGGGCAAGUACAACGCUUCGGCCGCUCACACCGCGAAACUCUACUCGAUCAAGAAAUACCUCGACGAACUUCCCCACGGCGGAGACGACGACGACCUUGUUUUCUUCGGCGACGGCUACGAUGUCAUGGCCCAGCUUCCUGCCGAGGUUGUCAUCGAGCGCUACUUCAAGGUUGCUGCUGACGCGGACCAGCGCUUGGCGGACCGUUUCGGUCUCUCUGUCCAGGAAUUGCACAAGCGUGGGCUUAGGCAGACGCUCUUCUGGGGCGCGGAUAAAAUGUGCUGGCCUGCGCUUAAUGAAGCUCAGUGCACCAAGAUUCCCAGUUCGCAUCUUUCCAAGACCUUGUACGGACCCAAGACUGGCAACGGCGAUGCCACAUAUCGCGAUGCCAAGUUUUUCAACUCUGGAAGCGUGAUCGGACCAGUCGGCGAUUUGCGCAAGUUUAUCGAUGCCGGUAUUGACAGCUUGGAGGAGUCUUUCGACCCUAACUUCAAGUACAAGACCUCUGACCAGAUCUACCUCGCUCGUCUGUACGCGCGCCAAGAAUUGUCCCGCGCAGAGCAAAUUGAGAAUGAAGCUAUGGAUAUUGAAGACAUUGGCGAGAACAGAACCACGACGAAAGAUGUAGCCGAGUACCACGCAACCAUCGACUACGAGUCGGAUUUCGUGCAGACCGGAUGCUUCGCUCACAAGUGGAUGAAAAAGCUUAAUUACAACCACACCGACCACACGGGAAUUAUGUCCAAGGACGUUUUCGACCAAGGCGCCAACUUCAAGCCCUACCCCGUCCAGAUGCCCUCCAACGUCUACCGCUCCUUCAUCAAGAUCUUCAAGUCCCUCCCCAGCGACGCAACCACCAUGUCCGCACGCGACUGGGUCGGCAGCCUGGAGCUCUACACCAACGUUGCAACCCGCAAUAUCUUCGGAUUCUACCACGCUACGUGCAGCAAGCGCACGCUUGUCGCGGACUUUAAGAAGUACUGGUUCCACCCGUACCUCACCCACCUCCUACAAGCGGCCUUCCAAGCCACGAAGCAGGACGAGCUUAUCAGCGAGAGGCUCAUUGACGGGCGCAAGUGGGUGUACAAGACGGUGUUUCCUUCGGAGGGAGCUCCUGAGGAUGCGCUCGGUGGUGUUAUUACGGAUUACAAGGACGAGAUGUAUAUCCCCUUCUCGUCGUUAUGUAAAGAUUCUGCGCAUAUUCUUGAGCGGUAA